UGGGCACAACGCCAUUUUUGAAACAACGGCGAUGAGCUCCCCAGCACUGCCUCUUGUCCCUGCCGUUGAAGAAGAAAAGCCCAGUGCCGCGCCGCCUGCCGCGCCUGCGGAUGCUUUCUCAACAGAGGAAAUCUCGCAUUCGUUGGAUUAUAUCAUGGCAAUGGGACAAGGUCUCGACGCCGACAAAGAGUACACUGCGACCUUGGAUAUUGUCCGAUCGAACCCGAACUCGCACUUGUACUCUGCUGUCAGCUUUGAAGAGCUCAACUUACCGGAAAACCUCCUAAAAGGUGUCUACGCCAUGAAGUUUGCGAAGCCUUCGAAGAUUCAAACUGUUGCGCUCCCCAUGAUCUUGACAGAACCCCCCGAGAACUUGAUUGGACAAGCCCAAAGUGGCAGUGGCAAAACGGCUACAUUUGUCCUCGGCAUGCUGUACCGUGCCACGAAAGACACGACGAAGCGCGUACAGUCGCUGUGUUUGGCGCCGACACGUGAACUAGCUCGUCAAAUUAUGGCUGUCGUGACGGUCAUGGGGUCGUUCUGUGGCAUUGAAACAUUUCUUGCUAUUCCCGGAAACGAAGUCGAAAAGGGCCAGCAUAUUCAUGCCCAAAUUGUGGUCGGGACGCCCGGCCGCGUCGAGUCCCUCGUGAAGAAGCGCACGCUCGACCUGUCCAACCUCAAAAUCUUUGUAUUGGACGAGGCCGAUGUCAUGAUUGACGAAAGCGGUAUGCGUGACCGGUCGCUGGCCAUCAAAAAAAUGAUCAAGAAUCCGGCGUGCCAGAUCUUGCUGUUUUCCGCCACAUACGCCGACGAUGUGCGUGAGUUUGCCGAGAAGAUGGUGCCGAACCACAACACAAUUCUGGUCAAGAAGGAGCGACUGUCGCUCGACGAAAUCAAACAAUUUUGGAUCGAUUGCAAGAGCCAAGCGCACAAGGCAGAGGUCUUGAGCGACCUUUUUGGGCUGCUCAACGUUGGCAAGAGCGUCAUUUUCGUUCAAGCGCGUGAAACUGCCAAGAAGGUGACGGCCCUGAUGCGUGAAAAGGGCCACAAGGUCGGUAUAUUACACGGCGCCGACAUGGCCAAGGAAGUUCGGGACCAAGUGCUCGAUGACUUCCGACUCGGAACGACCAAGGUCCUGAUCACUACCAACGUGCUCGCGCGUGGGAUUGAUGUGCUUGGAGUGUCCCUCGUGAUCAACUACGAUAUCCCUGUGAACCGAGAAGGCCAACCGGAUCCCGAAACGUAUUUGCAUCGCAUCGGGCGCACGGGUCGAUUUGGCCGCAAGGGUGCCGCCAUCAACUUUGUUUGCGACAUCAAGUCGAAGAUGGAUCUCGCGUUCAUUGAAAACUAUUACCAGAAAAAGAUCGAGGAAGCUCCCGUCGACGACUUGGAAGCAUUGGAAAAGAUGUUGGCCUGGACCUAACUUCACCCGCUACGAGCAACAUCGUUUGUCUCUGAUAUUCCAGUGUUUUACUACGGCUGCACUUGCGACGCAUAUUCUUUAACUCUCGCCGAUUGUGGACCUGCUGCGCUAAUAACCCAAGUAUUCUGCACACGUUACGACGCGCGGGACAUCCUUGACACACUGGAAUCACUCGUUCAUGGACUGCGCAUGCAUGGAUGACAUUGUGAAUUAAGCGCGAAAUUUGAA